CCGCGAAAUCUAGACUUAUUUAUAACUAGCGAGUCAGGAUAUUAGGCGUAGUGCAUUAGGUAUUUCGGCAAUACAGCAGCCUUGAAACCAGGAUCGCGACAAAGGCCUUGACCCAAAAAUAGUGCUAUGUCUUCUAUAUUAACAAGCGUUUCACGGCUGAAGCCUGAACUUCGGCUGGCCCAAGUAGCCUCGGAGUUCGAGGCCGCACUCUCCGACGAACAGAAGGCGAUUUUCCGUUCGUACAGAUCCCAGUUGCAAGCAUCACCUCUAGAUGCUGGUCACUUUAUGCGACUGACGGCUGAGAUUGACCGCCUCACUGCCGGAAAGGUGCGCGGCGGGCGAUGUUUCGGUCCCCGCUUAAGCAACAUCCUGCAAUCCGUCCAACAAUUCGCCGCUUGCGGGGAUGUCGCGAUAGGUGGUACUCAGAAUCUGAUCGCUGGCAGUGUCUGGUCGCUGGUCCGGAUAACACUACUUUUAGUGGCGAGUUUCUCUGCCUACUUUGAUAAGCUGUCAACUCUGCUCAUGGCCAUAGGGCGAUCAGCUCCCCGCUAUCAAACGAUGGCAUUACUCUAUCCCCGAUCCAAGGAACUGCGAUCAUAUCUAUGUGAAUACUUUAUAGUGGUUGUCCGCCUUUUCCAUUCUCAAUUCAAGCUACUACAGAAGUCACCAUUUGGACAGUUUAUGUCUAUAUCGUUCCUAAGCGAGGCGGACUUGAAGAUGUAUCAGUCGGAUUGCGAAUUAUGGGCGUCUUCGAUUAAAGAAGAAAUAGACAAGUUGAUGGCGACGGACAUCGUAGAGCAGAGCUUCCGAACCAAGGCUCUUCUCAAGUCCUCAGAGUCAGAGUCUCUUCGUAAGAAGCACAACGCGUUUCUCCGAAUCCUCAACUCUUGCUCUACAUUUAAUUACGAGAAGGCAUGGAAGGAGACACGAAAGAUUGGAUAUGCCACCCUGCUCAACCAAUCCCUGGAAUACCAGCACUGGAAAGUGCAACCCGAUGCUCGCACACUUGUUUGUUCAGGCAAGCUGGGAUCGGGUAAAUCCGUGUUGUUAGCCAACAUGGUUGAUGAUCUAAAUCUCCAUGUUCAAAAUGAGGGGUUUCCGGUCGCUUACUUUUUUUGCCAACACGAUAAUCCGGAGAGCCUAGAGGCACGUACAAUCAUGGGCUGCCUGGCUCGGCAGUUACUAUGUACAAUUCCUCCUCCUUCCGGGCUUGACGACUUCGCCGACAACACUUCUCCGGCCGUGGACAUCGACGGAGUAGUGGGUCUGCUCCUCAAGGUCCUUCAGUCAAGAGCCUACUUCAUUAUUGAUGGGCUUGAUGAAUGCGACAAUCGGCAGCGAGAGAUAUUAGCUAGUCAAUUACGGCGACUUCAGGACCGAUCUUCCCUACUAGUCUGUCUUUCAUUCAGAUCUGAGGCCGACAACACCUUGAGAUUAUACCUAAAGCAGUUCGCGGGGCCUAUCAUCUUCCAAAUUCCUGACAAUAAUACGGAUAUCGAAGAUUAUAUCACCGCAGAGUUGGAGAGGCGCGUAGUGUCUGGGAAGUUGAAACUAGGGGAGCCAACCCUUAUCCUAGAGGUUCGGGAAGUUUUGUUACGGGGCGCUCAAGGGAUGUUUCUCUGGGUGACUCUUCAAAUCGAGUCAUUAUGUGCCGCGAAGACGGAUAUGGCAAUUCGACAAGCACUGGCCGACCUCCCGAGGGAUCUCCCGGAUACCUUUUCUCGCAUUCUCCAGAAAUCGGAGGCGCUCGGAAAGCCCUACCAGGAACAGACACUCAAACUUAUCGUCGCGGCUCGUCGCCCCCUAACAACCGACGAACUACGGGAAGCCUUGAGCGUUGUACCUGGAGAUACCGAUUGUAAGCCAGCUCAGAUUCUUAAUGAUGUAUAUUCAGCAUUGGCUUGUUGUGGGAGUCUUGUCAUUGUUGAAGAAGAAGAUUCGACAGUGCGACUAGUGCACCACAGCGUUAAGCAAUUCCUCCUUGGUGGACUCCGAGGCCGACCUAGCGGGAUAUUUAGUCUAGAUAGUGCAAUGGGGACGAUGGGAGGCAUCAUUGUCACCUAUCUCAACUACGGUGUCUUUGACACUCAACUAUCUACAAGGGUCGUCCCACGGGUAAUGGCCGGAACAGCUCCGUCGAAGAUCGUCCAUUCAACCUUAGAUAAUUCAAGCAAUGUUCAGAAGGUUGCGUUAUGGCUUUUAAGGUCGCGCAAGCAAUCUGACUACAAUAUCGGCAGCGUCCUUGCGGAUGAGAGCAGGCUCUUCAACGCGCAUUCCACGGAUCAAUUCAAUUUCUUCCCUUAUGCAAAGUCUUACUGGUUUCAACACAUUAAGUGUAUCUUGCGAGAGGAGCAGGCGAUUCACGGACUCCUGCUUAAAUUACUAAGAGGAAGUAUAAUUGAUACGAAUACACGAGAUGAGAGUGGCCAGACGCCGCUAUCGUGGGCCGCCGCCAGCGGGUACGAGGCGGUCGUGCGGCUGCUGCUCGACAAGGACUCCGACUUCGAGUCCAGGGAUUGACGGCCGGACGCCUUUGUGGUGGGCCGCCCAGGGAGGGCACGAAGCAGUUGUACGCCUGUUACUCGACAGGGGCGCUAAUAUAGAGUCGAGAGAUCAUAAUGGCUUGACAUUGUUAUUAUGGGCCGCUCAGAAUAAACAGGAGGCAACUAUACAGCUGCUUUUAGAUAAAGGUGCCGAUAUUGAAUCGAAAGACAUGGAUGGCCAAACACCGUUAUCGUGGGCUGCUACAAAAGGGCAUAAGGCAGUUGUACGGCUGCUACUCAACGAGGGUGCCAAUAUUGAAUCGAAAGACAGGGACGGCCAAACCCCAUUAUCGUGGGCCGCUACAAAAGGGCGCGAAGUAGUUAUACAGCUGCUGCUCGAUAAAGGGGCUGAUAUUCAAUCAAAAGAUAAAGCCGGCUGGACACCCCUGUCGUGGGCUGCUGCAAAGGGGUAUGAGGCGGCUGUACAACUACUGCUUCACGAAGGCGCUGAUCCUAAAUCAAAAGAC